AAGCCCUGCCUCUACUACGCCCGCGCUAAAACUGCAAGAACGGCUCCACCUGCCGCUUCCUCCACGGCUUCCCCGACGACCCCUCCGCCGCCGCCGCCGCCGCCGCGGCGGAGCAGGAGGUCCUGAUGCGCGCCAAGAGCCCGCGCCUCGGCGUCGGCGGCGGAGGCGGAGGAGGCGGAGGGGGAGGGGGAGGGGGCGGGGUCUCGCAGCUCAUGGCCUCGGCGUUCCCCUACUCGCCCACGGGCUCCGUGCCCCCCUCGCCCUCGGCCCCGAACCGCGCGGCCGCGGCGGCGGCGGCCGCGGCAGCGACCGCCGCGGCGCUGAUGCUCGGGUGCGACGACGCGCAUAAGUUCGUGGCCCGGUCGCCGCGGCUCGAAAGGAGCGACCUUGCGGCGGGGCUGGCGAACCCCGGCUCGAGGCAGAUCUACCUCACCUUCCCCGCCGAUAGCACCUUCAGCGAAGAGGACGUUUCCAAAUACUUCAGUAUCUAUGGACCAGUGCAAGAUGUGCGAAUCCCCUACCAGCAAAAGAGGAUGUUUGGCUUCGUCACUUUCGUCUACCCAGAAACAGUGAAGCUGAUUCUCGCGAAAGGAAACCCCCAUUUCGUUUGCGACGCGCGCGUUCUCGUGAAGCCGUAUAAGGAGAAGGGCAAAGUCCCCGACAAGUACAGGAAACAGCAACAACAGCAAACUGAAAGGGGGGAUUUUUCUGGGUGUUCGACUCCCACAGGGCUACUAGACACCAGAGAUCCCUUUGAAUUGCCUCAAAUUGGAACAAGGAUGUUGUAUGGUGCUAAUAGUUGCCAAGAAGUGCUUCUGAGGAGGAAGCUGGAGGAGCAGCAACAAGCCGCAGAGCUCCAGCAAGCGAUCGAGCUACAAGGGAGGCGAUUCAUGGGUCUCCAACUGCUUGAUCUCAAAGCUCGAACCCACCUCACCCCCACCACCAUCCCCUCUCCCACCAUUAACCCAGCUUCAGCUUCUGCUGCUGCUGCUGCUGCUGCUGCUGAGGGGAAGAGCAAUGGAGGAGGAGGAGAAGCCACAAGCCAAGAUAAGAAGCUGAACACUGGAGCAGCUGCGGCAGUGGCAGAGCCCAGUGCCUCGGCGGUCAACGCGGCCAACAAGGAGGAAUCCACCGGAAAAGCAAACCCCAAUGUGGAUUGUGAUUUCCAAGAAAGUAGCUUGGAGCACAAUUUGCCUGAUAGCCCCUUUGCAUCACCAACCAAGGCUUCUUCUUCUUCUUCUUCUUCUUCUUUCUUGUUGGGCGACUCUUCCUCUUUCUCCUCAGCAAUAAUGUUGCCUGUUGAGUCUCCUCAGAGUAAUAGCACCAGCAGUUUCAUGGCUUCUAAUCUUCUCCCUCCCACCUCCACCCUUGAUCUGGCUUCUUCCUACAACUCAUGCUUCUUCCAAAUGCCCAGGUUUUCAUCUGGGCAUGGUGCCAUUGGAAUGUGAAUAGUGAGGGAGGAGACAAGGAGGGGGAGGGGAUCUACCCCUCCCAGCUGGAGUAAGCAUCAAUCUCUCACAGUAGUAAUAUACAAACCAACACUCAAUAAUGAUUCAUAAAAUAAUAAUAUCAUCUGCCAACCUUUUGAUUGUUCUGUUAUUGUUUUUUAAUUGUGGCAGGAAUGGCCAGCAAUGCAGGGAAAAAAAUAAAGAAAGAAAAAAGGUUUAACAAAUAGGAUGAAAAAGAGAAGCAAAAGAAUACUACUUACUCUAGGGUUGAUAGGUUACUUUCCUUCUUUAUCUUUUCUUAGUUUAUAGUUUAUUUUAGCUUAUAGAUUAGAUCUGGUCCUCCACUCCUUUUCUCACUCCCACUUACCCAUAUUUAAAUGUUUCUGCUGCUGCUGCUGCUGCUGCUGCUGCUGCAUGCUGCUGCUGAAUUUAAGAAGAGGAAAGGGGGAGAGAGAGAAAGGAGGGAAAGAUAGCAUAUAGUAAUUUUACUGUUCUACUGUUACUGUUUAGCCAACUAAGCUACCCACCCACCCUACCAAAUACUUGUCAAAAAUAUUUGCAUACAAACACCAAACUGAAGUGAAGUAAGAGGGAACAGACAAAAGCCAAACUGAUUUCAGAAAAGGACAGCAGAGAGAGAGAGAGAGAGCAAAGGAAAAGGGAUAGGGAAAUACACUCACAAGUGUGUAAGAUGGGGGGAAUCAGAAGGAAUCAUCAUGCACCUCACCAUCACCUUUUCUUUUUCUGGUUUUUACUGUCCUUUGGAGCAUGUAGUGAUGUACCAUCACCUCCCCCCAUCCUUUCUCACUUGCACCUUUUCUUACUUCUCUAUUAUUUUUUUUUUUUUACUUUGUUACUUUCUUACUGUAGAAGGAGACAUAUAUAUAAUGAAAUGAAAGGCAACAAAUAAUUUUUACACA